CGCAAACACACUUCACAAAACCCGUUCUCGAGAGAAAAAUGCAACUACUCGUACGCUAGGUACGAUAGGGGUACGUACCGUACGAUUAUUGAUAAUUGAUAAUGCGCAUCGAAGACUCGUCGUGUCCUCGAAGGCAGAUCAAUGGGGAGCAGGAGAAGCUUCCGAAGGAUUAGACAACAUUUGAGAACAAUUGUAAUUCAUUGAAAUUGUUAGCUUGAAGAUGAACGAAACCACAAGUCGUUAUGCAGUUUGGAGUUAUGCAACAGCUGUUUGUCUGGUAUGCGCCAUCAGCUUGAACGGAAAAUCGGCGGUUGUUCACGGCUUUCUGGGGGAAAAGAUCCAUCAUCGAAACCCGCAAGCAGUGGCAUCAUCCCUUCGCAGUUCGUCGUCCCCAUUCGAGGAGCCUGCGGAUGACCCUUCCAUUCAAUGGGAUUUAUUCAAUACUCACCACGCGAAGGGUUCAUGGAAAGGCGUAUGGUAAGCUUGCUACUAGUUGCGACACUGCGUUUCUUUGUUGUUUCGAUUUUCGUCUUGGUAUUCAUAUUAUUCCCUUCCUUGUUGCUGCUACCUUUUCUUCAAAUUGAUUGCCCAUAUUCGACCAAUCUAAUCGUAGGACCACAUACGACUAUAUUGGCGAUGUCAUGGAUGAGACAGUGGCAAGCGUCGAUCUCAACCCAAAAUCCAGCGAAGAUGGACUGGAUAUCGUUGAGCACGAGCAUACCAUCGUGAUCGGAGCUAAGAGGUCGGACUGUGCAACCUGUUUCGAUUCCAUGGAGACACGAACCCUCCCUGUGCAACAAUAUACACCCGACAAUAUACUGAAAAAAUCACGGCUGGCCGGAGUAUCGAUGGUCAACGGGCCCUCCAUUCUAAGGUCGGGCGCAAUGGCAACCGAAUUGAUUUUAAAACACGGAGAUGGUCGAAUCCGUGCAACGUUCCAUCAUGCACCUGUGUGGGAACGAGAUGUAGAACCAGGAUCUUGUCCUCCUCAGGGCUUGAAACUUUUUCGUGCAAUGCUUUCUAGGGAAGCUCUCAGGCCAACGGCUCCUACGGUUGAAACCGAAGCGAAAGAUGUACCUGCAGAUGGGAACCCUGUGUUCUUUCGACCCGUCCCUCCAUUCAAUUGGCAUAAGAAAUGGAGUGGAACGAGCUGGACGUGGGGACCUCAAAGCGGGAACCGUGGCUGGGCUCUUGAUGAUCUUGACGAAACAGACUCUUGGCAAGGAAUCACUCCUGUUGAUUGUUGGAACCUUCGUUUGCCUGGCGGAAUCCACCUUCAAGCACCUCGCAUCAUUAACGACGCCUCGGUUGGCAUUUGUCGACUCGCUUGGCUUCCAACUGAUGAAACUCUCCUUCGAGUAGAAGCCGGCGUUUCUGCAUUGCAGCCUAUGGUGAUGGAAGAUGACACGAUGGUUGGCUUCGAGCCUCCAGCGUUGUCAAGUUUGAGAUGUGACAUGCUGGAAAAAACUGGCGAACUUGAGAACGCCAGUAGACCAUCAAGAGACUGGAAUGCUGAUGGCGAGGACGGUGAAACGCUUCAAUCCUUGCAAAACAAACUUUCCUCCAUCGAGGCCUUGGAGGAACGAAACUCUGCGCAAUUGGAUUCGUUUGUCGACCAGAAUGACCAGUGGGAAUCGUUGGAACCUGACGAAAGGGAAUUGCUCUCAUCCAAAGCAGAGGUGGUAAAAAAAAUUGAAGAACUUUCUAAUAAAAAUACGAAUGACAUCGAACCUCCAAGCAUCGACGAAUCGAACAAAACAGUGAAAAAAAUAACCAAAACUGAUGACGCUACUGUCACUCCAGCAACUCCUCGUGAUUACUUAUCUUUGUAAAAAUCAUAAUUAUAUUAUUACAACAUGUUUGCAAACUUCACAUGCGCCAACUGUUUCUCUUCUGGUCAUUACUGUUACUGUCGUCUCUAGUACCCUUUCUCUUCUCCUUGAAACCCUUUGAUUCUAAUUCGACAUGUAUUUGAGUUUGAGUUGGGUAAUACAUAUUGGAAAACACU